AUGUCUGGAAAAGUUCCCCGAAACGAGUUGAGCAGCUUAUUAGACUAUUUUACAGACGCAAAAACUACAAAAUUCGGACAUGGAGCGUCAUAUGAUCAGCUCGAUAAAAUCACAGAAUUGCAGCUAUCAAUUCAUAAACAGCACUACGAAAUCGACAGCGAUAAUCCGAAGAAAGAUAAACUGUGCUGCAGCACAGAUGAGCUGGAAAAAGUCAACGAAAUCUUCAACAAAAUGAAAAACAUCAGUGACAAAAUUUCUUCUCUACGUUUCAAAACGUAUGAUUCACUCGAAGAAAAAUUCCGAAAAGACUUGCAUGUCCGUUCAAGAAGCAAGAUAAACAAGCUGUAUGUUUUUGCCCUCGCUGCGCCAGCUUGCUUUAUUUGGGACGCGUCGAACAUUUACAGAAGUUUGAAUGACCAAUUUCACGAAAAACUGGAGUACAUUUUGGAGGACGCAAAGACGAAAACAGAGAGUCAAUAUAAAAAACUCCUCGUGAUGUACUGGCACACUAGCUUCGAGAAUGGAAUUUCUCCUACAAAUAACCACCCCUUCGAUAUUUAUACGUUCUACCCCCUGACCACGCCGUGUGCAGCCCUGGUGUACGCCGGAUUACGCGACAUUUCCCUUCGUCUUGCUCUCGAAAUCGCCAUUCUCAGCCAUGCGGCAAAACGGGGCGAUUCCAUCCCACUUGGUUCUUUCUGGAAAUCGCGAUUCAUGUCCAGUAUUGCCUGCAAUACAGUAAAACGAAAUCUAAAUAUGUCCUGGAGUCCCCCGAACGAGCAUAGUGGCAAAUAUUUCUACCAUAACAUCGUUAUCGCAAAUUUAAAGAAGCUCCGAGCAAAUUACCCUCGAUAUUCAAUCCGCUUCUUUUCCCUCUUGGCUCUUUGCGGAACCUUCGUCGCAUCAACUUGCUAUCAGUUUAUUCAAAUUGCCAAGAAACAACAGCUAGAAUACCUAAACACCGUUUUCAAAGAAGAUGCGUUCAAAGAUUUCAAAUUUGAAGAACUCGAUAGUUACGCCAUGCAAAAUAUCAUCAUCAACAUUCUCGACAACAACCCUGAAAUCUUUCACAACAAGAAACAAGUGCUAUCGUAUUAUGUUGGCCUCCUGACACAAAAUAAUACAGACCCGCUUUAUUCCAGAAGUUGGUUGCCUUUCUCGCCCCUCAUAUCGCUUCAAUAUUUAUUCAACGACCUGGAAUUAAGAGUGGGACCAUGUCCAAAAGUCAGUACUUUACUUGGUGACUUCUUAUUCUACCAAGGGAUCAAGUAUCCUUCUUUUUCGCCUCUGUAUCCUUACCUGAACAACGAUGAUGCCGUUCUCAGAUCUGUUCUGUUACGACAGAAAUACUCAAUUAGCGAGUAA